GAAUGGGUACUAUCACCUUUCCUAUAUAAGACAACCCAAACCCUUUCUCCUUUCCUCAACUCAUUACCCUACACAUACAACUUCUCUACUUCAAGUCUUCAACCCCACAUUUUUUUUUCAAAAAAAAAAAAAAAAAAAAAAAAAAAAAAAAAAAACUCUAUAAAAAUAAAUUUUCUUAGUUACAACAAUAUAAUGGUGAUGUUAAAGGGUCUAUCAACAUCCAUGAAUGCAAAAAUCCUCGGUACCGGGGGCGAAGACGAGGUGAUUGUUCUAGGACAUGGUUAUGGUGGAGAACAAUCCUUGUGGGAAAAGAUUGUUCCUAGCUUAGAAGAAAAGCACCAAGUUGUUCUUUUUGAUUGGAACUUUUCUGGUGCUUUUAAUACUAAUAUUGAGAAUAAUAAUAAUAAUAAUCAUGGUUUUGAUCCUUUAAAGUAUAAUUCUCUUGAUGUUUUUGCUGAUGAUUUGGUACAUUUAUUGGAUGAAAUGAACAUUAAAUCAUGUGUUUUUGUUGGUCAUUCUAUGUCUGGUAUGAUUGGUUGUAUUGCUUCCAUCAAGAGGCCUCAUCUUUUUACCAAGCUUAUACUCAUUGGAGCAUCUCCCAGGUACAUAAAUUCAGAAGAUUAUGAAGGAGGGUUUGAGGCAACACAAAUUGAGCAACUCCUCUCAACAAUAGAAUCCAAUUUUCAGCCUUGGGCCACAGCGUUUGCUCCUUUAGCCGUAGGAGGAAAAGAACCUCAAUUAGCUGAGAAAUUUGACAAGAGUUUAAAGAAAAUGAAGCCAGAAGUUGCCCUAGCUGUUGCUAAGAUCAUUUUCCUCGGUGACUACCGCCAUGUUCUUGAGAAAGUUGAGACACCUUGCACCAUCAUUAGCACCACCAAUGAUCUUGUAGUCCCCUCAUCUGUGCCUUACUAUAUGCAGAAGAAGAUGAUCAAUGCUAAAUCGAGGGUCGAAAUCAUCGAUGUUGAUGGUCAUUUCCCACACUUGACUGCUCAUGAUGAGGUCCUUAAUGUGAUUACUAAGGUGCUGGAUUCUUAAUAGUAAUUAAGGUCUUAUAUAUAUGUAUGAAAUUUUUUAAUUAAAUUAUUAUCUCUAGCAUAUGCUUGCAUGCAUGCAUGCAUUAUUUCCUGCCCCUUGGUUAGGUUAGUGGGAAAAAAGGGUUUGUGAAAUAAGUACUUAAGUGGUUAAGUGUGUUGUUAUUUGCUAUUAUCAAGCAAAUUAUUAAGCCAAGUUAGGAUUAGUGAUAGCUAGCUAGGUUUGGGUUUGCGAGUUUUGGUUGGAAAUUAAACAUUCCAAAUUUUUUCCUAUGUUUAAGAAGAUGAAAUUGGUAUUGGUAGUAUAUGUUAGGUUAUUAUAUAAGUAUGUUGUAUAUUAAAUGUGAUCCUAUUGACUACUUGAAAUGAAUUUAUUCUCUUUCGAUACA